AUGUGUUUUCGCGAAAUUUCUUUGUCUUGUAUUACCCAGCUUCUUCUUCUUUUAAGCUCAGCACGUGAUGUUGGAAGAGCUUUACUGAUUCCUGUCUUGGGUUUCAUUUUCGUAUCCGCUAUCAUUUAUGAUAUUAUAGAAGAUGGAACUGAUGAUGUUCCAUUCGUUGAUGCAAUCUUUUCGAUCUUCCUACAAUUCUCCGCGAUCGGCGAGAUGGAUAGCGAAUUUCAUGGCAUUAUUCCGUACGUAAUCACCAUCGUCGGAGUUGCUAUGAUGAGCGCUGUGUUCUCCCAAAUGCAGCAUGAACUCGAGCGAUCAGUUCAUGGACCUGAAUUCACAUUUUCGAAGUCAGUUUAUUUUCUCAUUGAGGGCAAAUAA